ACGGGCCGGGGUUUGUUGCUGAUGCUGUGUGUCUCACAUUAUUACUGACUCUGUGCCAUAACUAUAGACUAAAUAAGAGCGUCCUAUAAUAAAAGUACAGUGUUAAGCAGCCGCACAGGCUUUCAGUUCAUCGUUACCGGUUGUGAUUUGUCUGCUUUGUCUGUGUCCCAGAUUUAGAGAGGCACUAUGGAGAGAUAUUCAGUCCACAAGGUGAUUGGUGAAGGCUCUUUUGGCAGAGCGUUGCUGGUGCGGUGUAGAAACAGUCAGGAGGAAUAUGUGCUCAAAGAGGUCCAGCUGCCAAAGAAUCAGUCCAAAGUGAAGAAUUCAAGGAGAGAAGCCAUCCUGCUGUCCAGGAUGAAACAUCCUAAUAUUGUGGCCUUCAGGGAGGCAUUUGAAGCUGACUGCCUCCUGUGUAUCGUCAUGGAGUUCUGCAGCGGAGGAGACCUGCUCCAGAGGAUCCGGCGGCAGAAAACGACGCUGUUCCCUGUCGAUGACAUCUUGAAAUGGUUUGCUCAGAUGUGUGCCGGCACAAAACACAUCCAUGAUAAAAGGGUUUUGCACAGAGAUCUGAAGGCCAAGAACAUUUUCCUGACAGAUAAUGGAACAAUCAAGCUCGGGGACUUUGGCUCGGCUUGUCUUCUGAAUAGCUCAAAGGCAUACGCUCAGACAUAUGUUGGGACGCCAUAUUAUGUCUCCCCUGAAAUCUGGGACAACAAGCCAUACAACAAUAAGAGCGAUGUGUGGUCUCUGGGCUGUGUCCUCUACGAGCUCUGCACCCUGCGCCACCCGUUCCAGGCGUCCAGCUGGAAGUCUCUGAUUCUCAAAGUGUGCAGAGGUGCGUACCCUCCGCUGCCCAGGCACCUGCCCUACGAGCUGCACUAUCUGCUCAAGCAGAUGUUCAAGACAAACCCCAAGGACAGGCCGUCCGUGCACACCAUCCUCACCUCGCACCGCAUUUCCAGACUCCUGCAUGAGCAUCUGCCCUCCCAGGCGUCAGACACGGAGGGACAGGGGAGGCGAAAGCGACGAUGGAGGAGGGAGGAGGGGAUGAAGGUGGCGGAUCAUCUGGGACAGAAGAGCCUGGUAACAACAUCGACGUUUGAAGGAGCAAAGCUCGCCGAGGCCCCCAGUGAAAGCAGAGAGCCGGCUCCUCGAAGGCAGUGGGCUGCCGGCCCCUCGGACUCUGUGCUCCAGGCGCUGGGCGACGCCCGUCUGCUCUCGUCUCACAGCGUGGCGUCAGGUGGACAGACUCAUGAAAGUGUCUCAGAGGAUACGGGCCCAGAGGAGUCGGAGGAGGGCGGGCAGAGGAGACGAUGGGAGGAGAGUCCGCCCGAGAGGCUUCUGAGUCUGCUGGAGAAGGUCCAGCUCAGCACGGCCUUCAGCACCUAUUCAGUACACGGGACAGGUGGCAGUCCCCUGGUGGGACCCCUCUCCCAGACGCAGGGCGACGACACCGACGGCCCGGAGGAGGAAGUGGCAGUAGACGAGGAGCGGCUAGAGUCUCGUUCUGACGAUGAGGACACGGACUUUGAGGAAGAAUCGCCAUGUGACUGGAUUGACGAACUUGAGAAAAUGUUUUGCCUGUGAAGCACACACAGUCACAAGGCUAUUAAAAUUAAUGUGUGCAUCCGUUCCAUAUAGCCUAAGUGUUAAUGUGUCAGGAUCAUUUCCGUUGUUUUAAUUUAGGGUUGUUCUUUCUACAAAUGAGGAACCAGUUAAUUUUUUUACUGCAUGUUUGUUCCACAUGGACAAAGAUCCAGUUUUGAAAUCAAGCACUGAUGGUUUUGCCCUGUAUUGUACAUUGUGAUUUCUGACAAAUGGCUUCCUGUUUUUAAAUGCUGUGUAAAACCGACUCCUGCAUUAAAAUGCAACAA